AUGGAAUUCUGUGAAAAGAUGUGACGAGCACGUAGUUUAUGCGCGAGAAACGUACGUGGUGGCGAGCAGCAAGCCUGUCAUGUCUUGGCGCCUGGCUCUUCCACUCUGGCCGGGUUGAAAGAUUCCGGACGCCGCGCUAGAAAACACGCGAUACGGGUGGUAUCGGUCGCGUAGAACAAAAACGAAAAAGGAAAAAACCAUCGCGUGGAAUCCACAUUGUUCUUGGAGACAUGGAGGAUCUCCAGAGGAAAACGAGCGAGCGAGCGAGAGCCAAUCUGGAUAUCUUGUUGGUCACCUACGUCCUAUAUUCUAAGUUGUCUCGUACGUAGAGCAUCAACCUUGCUUGUCACCAACACUUAAGGCCGUGAGCGAGCAUCGUCCUCGCGAGCUCCAAAACUUGCGUCCGCUAGAUCAUGAGCUGCCUGCUCGUGCUGUGCUCGAGCUUGCUCGUCAUUGCAGCAGCGAGCGAUUCCAAACUUCCAUCCUCACCACCACCACCACCACCACUUCCCGUGCUUCCAAUCCCAUCGUCCAAGCAGCUCCACUGGCAGCGUCGCGAGCGAUCAAUCUUCUUCCACUUCGGCAUGAACACCUUCACCGACUCCGAGACGGGGACCGGGCUCGAGGACCCGCGACUCUUCUUUCCCACGCACCUCAACGCAAGGCAAUGGGUGAGCGUGGCCAAGGACGCCGGAUUCACGCUCGUCGUGCUCGUCGCCAAGCACCACGAUGGCUUCUGCUUGUGGCCGUCCAAGUACACCAAUCACUCCGUGGCCAGCAGCUUCUGGAAAUCCGGCAAAGGAGACGUAGUGCGCGAGCUCACCGACGCGGUAGCCGAGGCCGGCAUUGAUCUCGGCCUCUAUCUCUCGCCAUGGGACCGCCACGAGCCCAGCUACGGCAACACGCUCGACUACAACAAGCACUACCUCGCCCAGAUGCGAGAGCUCCUCACCAACUACGGCAACAUCUCGGAGGUGUGGCUGGAUGGCGCAAAAGGCAACAUCAGCAUGGAGUAUAAGUUUGACGAAUGGUUUGAGACGAUCCAUCAGCUCCAGCCGGGAGCGCUCAUCUUCUCGGACGCGGGGCCGGACACGAGGUGGGUCGGGGACGAGCAAGGCCGGGCCGGAGCAACUUGCUGGUCCAUGGUCCGGAGGAGCAGCAUCCAGAUCGGCAACUCGGGCCCCAUCUUGCAGUAUCUCAACCAGGGGGACGAGCACGGCAGCGACUGGGUACCACCCGAGUGUGAUGUUUCGAUCCGGACGGGAUGGUUCUGGCACCGGAGCGAGCGUCCGAAAGAUCUGUGGAGCCUGCUCGACAUCUACUACACCUCCGUGGGCCGGAACUGUGUCCUGCUGCUCAACGUUCCGCCUAACUCGUCCGGCCUCAUCUCGGACGAGGACUCCAAAACUCUGCGCGCCUUGAGCACCGCCAUCACCACCAUCUUCUCCGUCAACCUGGCCGCCUCGCCUCUCUCGGUCACCGCCAGCAGCGCCUACAGCACCGAGCACGGCCCCCACCAAGUUCUCACCCCGGACAUCUCCUCCUUCUGGUCGCCGCGCGAGGGAGAGGCCGCUGGAUGGCUCAUGCUCGACUUGGGAAAGCCCACGCUCUUCAACUUGGUGAAGAUCCAAGAGGCCAUUGCCUGGGGCCAGAGAGUUCGCUACCACCGUGUCGACGUGCUCAGCGUCACCAGGGGGUGGACGACCGUCGCACAAGGAACCACCAUCGGCUACAAGAGGCUGCAUCGGCUCAAGCUGAUCGUCAAGGCUCAGCUCGUCAAGCUUGUCAUCCUCGACUCCCGAGCUGCGCCACCACUGGUUGCCUCGUUCGGCCUGUACCUGGAUCCAUAUCCACACGUUGGCAACGAUACUUCAGUGAUCUCUUGACAAUCCAUUCGUCAAAGCGAGCUCUCGCGAGCUCCCUUUCGAGCUUCUAUAUUCACACUAGCUCUACCAAUGCUAGAAAGCAGAAAGGGAAAACGAACUUAACCGGGAGAAAGCAGAGACUGUCAAUCCUUGUU